GCAUUUUUUUGAGUACUGGUUAUCCCACUGAGUCUUAAACUUAUGGAAUCGACUCCUAGAAGAUAUGGUGUCAUUGCCCACCAAUGACUUGUCCGAGAAGGGAUUAUAAGAGCAAACAGACCAAUAAGAAGAGGAUGUACAUUGAAUUAAAGCCUUUUCCCCUCAAGUAAACUAUCUGAACAUGAAGCCUGUUAAAGAUGGUUUGUUUAGCAGCACCAAGGGAAUUGCACUUAAUUCAGUAAUAUUUUGUAAUUGGCGGCAUACUGUCAGUCAAAUGGCUCGGUAUUUCUUCAUUAGUUUCGCAGUCGUGCUAUUUGGUUUUGUGAAAUCAACAUUAGAAGACCAAACCCAGUUGCCUGAUUAUAAUCAGAAAAGUGGAAAAGAUGUGUCACCUUUAAUUUCACCUAAUGUAUCUGAAUGUAUUGAAAUAAGCAAUUCAAAUACUCAAUCUACACGACUACCGUCAAGCCCACCUUCGUCAUCGCCAUCAUCAUCAUCGAGUGGAACACCUUCAAAUUUAUAUUCAUCAGAAUCACAAUUACCACCACUGAAUAGAAUAACUGUUAUUUGUCAAGAUGAUUUACACAAAUUGUGCGCUCUUUUUGAAUUUCGUGGUUACUUUCUUAUUCAGUAUACCAAUAGUGGUACAAACGAAUCAAUUUGUUAUCGGAUAGCAAUUGAUCUUCGCGAAGAUUAUUCAACAAAUGAUGGAACAAUUUAUAUCUUAGACAAAUCUCCAAUUUUUCUGAAUAACACUUUGAAUGAUUUGACCAACAACUACAACAGUAAUGCUGGUAAUGAUAUAAAUAAAUCUAAAUCAGCAUACAAUGAACCAGAUAAUCUAAGAGUAUUAACAACAAAUUCAUCGUGUUGCAAUACAUUCAACAGGUGUUUCACUCUUCCAUUGAGCUCAACUGAUGAAAGCGAUAAAAGUUUUUUCAAAGAUUGGAUCAUUGAAUUCCAUUGGAAUCGUACACCUGAAAUGUAUGAAUUUGGUGAAGAUGGUUGGAGUAGUGUUGGUACUCCAGUCGGUGCAUUGUCUGGUGUUUAUGAUUUAGUCGAUGUGAAAUUAAAGUAUCGUCUUCAUGAAAACUUUGGAUUGAAUUUUCUAAAUCAUGAAUAUGAGUUAUUACAGAGUGUUAUUGCCAACAGCAAAAAAAACAAACAAAAGAAACCACUUGAAAUUUAUACAUUGACGAAAUGUACACUGAGAGAAAGUGAAUAAAGAUUCGAAAUGUUCAGAAUUCUAUGCUACAUUGAUUGAUACAAUUGAUCAUUGAACUGUUUUCAAAAAAUACAAAUAAACAAAAUUCUUAUUAUUUUUCUUAUUUUAAAAUUGGACACUCUUCAUGUAUGCUUUGCAAUGCUUUGCUUUUGUCUUGAAUUUCUGUUUUUUGUCAAAUCAAGUUAACAAAGAAUUUACAGUGCACAGUUUAGCUGAGAAACGUUUACAAGCCAGAGUUGGUGAUUAUUAUGAAUGUCUGUCAGAGACUCAAAUUAUAUUUGAUACGGAGGAUAACAAUAACAGCACCAACAACAGUAAAACAAUUGUUGAUCAGCGUAAUAGCCAGUCAAGUACCUUCAAACAGUCAGCUGAGAAAAAUAAUUUAAGGAUAAUUAUGAGUUUGAAAAAUGUCAAAUCUCAGGCAUUUGCUGAUGUCAAUGUUCCAGAAUUCACUGGUGCAAGUGUUGUCUGUUCUGGUGACAUUUCACACGAUAUGACAAUGUCAAUUGCAAUUGGUCUAUCAUUGUGUGCAUUAGUUGUCUGUGUUCUAUUCGGUUUGGCGAUCAACCAUUUAAGACAAAAGGAUCAAACAUUUAAAGCUGUCGAUACAACAGGAGAUGAUUUGAAAUGAUCAAACUAUUAAUCAUACUAAAACUAUUACUUACUGUUGUCAAGAUUACAAAGACAAGUUACUUCACCAAAAAAACCAAAUGGACAAUCAAUUGAUGCAAAUGUCUAUUAAUUAAUUUCUCUUUCCAUAAUGAUUUUAAACACUAUCUAUAUCGAUGAAUUAUGUAUGCAUUUCUUGUUCUUUUGAUUUUAAUUCUUUUUAUGCGUAUAUAUUUAAAAAAGCAUACUCCAUUUUCUUGUUUUAAUUAGCAUUUAACAUUGAACAGUGUUGUACAUUUAUCAGAUCAUACUGACAUAAAUCACAUUGUGUGAGUUUUAUUCACUAUAUACCUCCGUAAUACUAAGUAAAAUGGCAUCGCCUUCCUUAACAGCUGUCAAUUAAUCUAGUCUUUUCCCACCUUUAUUAUUAAUAUAAUGAUUAUUAUUAAUAGUUUUAAUAAUUUUCAAGAAUUUUUUAAAAUCUCAUAAAACCAACAAAUGCUGUUGUAUUGAUGAUG